AUGAGAUUAUUAUUACUAAUAUUGCAGACAAAGAAAAUGUCGAGGGCGAAAAAAAUGGUCGAAGCUGCUUGCAAACGAAGUCGUCAAAAUGACAUAAUCUUUUUCACAAAGGAAUCAAUUGAUAAUAUGUCUGUUAUACUGGCUGCUGAUUCGUCAACAUCUGAAGCUAUCCCAGAAGUAAUUAUGCGAAUUGACCCAUUAGCUGAUGAUGCGGCAAUAUCAAAUGCUGUUACAGAAGUGAUCAUGAAAAUUCCUCCACUAGCUGAUGGAGCGGCAAUAUUUGAUGCUGUUACAGAAGUGAUCAUGGAAAUUCAGUCACUAGCUGAUGUGGCUUUAACAUCAUGCUCUCGUGCUCUUACAGAGGAAUCACGGAAAUGGAACCAAUAG